ACGCGCUCCCUCCCCUCUGCUCCCUCCGCCCUCCUAGGGCUCUGAGGCAGCGAAGUGAACGGGACGGGCCCGGCCGCAGAGCGCCGUGCGGCGGGUAGGACGCCCGGCGCCGACAGAGUUGUUGUUCCGGCAGCGCCCGCGGAGACGUGAGGUGAAUGUGGGAAGAGAAGCUUGCAGAACUGAAAUGGAGGGCAGAGCUUCAUUACAGAAGGUUAGUGGGUCAUCUGAUUCUGUAGCCACACUGAACAGUGAAGAAUUUGUUUUGGUUCCUCAGCAUGCUGAUGAUACUUCUACAAAAGAUGACGGAAACCCUCAACUGAAGAUAGUUUCUAAUGGUGAUGAACAAUUGGAAAAAGCCAUGGAAGAGAUUUUGAGGGAUUCCGAAAAAGGACAAAGCAGUCUUGUUGAUUGUCAAAGUUCCAGUGAAAUUUCAGACCAUUCAUUUGGAGCUGUUCCAGCCAGCCAAUCAAAUAAGCCAUCUCUUCAGUUAAUUUUGGAUCCAUCUAACACGGAAAUAUCUACACCUAGACCAUCUUCUCCAUGUGGGCUUCCUGAAGAAGAUAGUGUUUUAUUUAAUAAACUGACUUAUUUAGGAUAUAUGAAGGUUUCUUCCCCACGUAAUGAAGUAGAAGCUUUACGGGCAAUGGCAACCAUGAGAUCUUCUAGUCAGAACCCUUUUCCUGUUACUUUGUAUGUGCCAAAUGUCCCAGAAGGUUCUGUGAGAAUUAUAAACCAAUCAAACAGUUUGGAGAUAGCAUCUUUUCCAAUCUACAAGGUGUUAUUCUGUGCACGUGGACAUGAUGGAACAAUGGAGAGCAAUUGCUUUGCAUUUACAGAGAGUUCCCAUGGUUCAGAAGAAUUUCAGAUCCAUAUUUUUUCCUGUGAAAUUAAAGAAGCAGUAAGCAGAAUUUUAUAUAGUUUCUCUACAGCCUUCAAACGUUCUUCUAGACAAGUGUCUGAUGUUAAAGACUCAGUAAUUCCAACUCCUGACAGUGAUGUAUUUACCUUCAGUGUCUCUUUGGAGGUAAAAGAAGAUGAUGGAAAAGGAAAUUUUAGUCCUGUGCCUAAGGAUAGAGAUAAGUUUUAUUUCAAGUUAAAGCAAGGAAUAGAAAAGAAAGUUGUGAUUACAGUGCAGCAACUUUCUAACAAAGAACUAGCUAUUGAAAGAUGUUUUGGAAUGUUAUUAAGUCCAGGUCGAAAUGUGAAGAACAGUGACAUGCAUUUACUGGAUAUGGAAUCCAUGGGAAAGAGCUAUGAUGGAAGAGCUUAUGUUAUCACUGGCAUGUGGAACCCUAAUGCACCAAUAUUUCUGGCACUUAAUGAAGAAACCCCGAAAGAUAAACGAGUGUACAUGACUGUGGCAGUGGAUAUGGUAGUCACAGAAGUGGUGGAGCCUGUCCGCUUUCUCUUGGAGACGGUAGUUCGUGUGUACCCUGCAAAUGAGAGGUUUUGGUAUUUCAGCAGGAAAACGUUCACAGAGACUUUCUUCAUGAGAUUGAAACAGUCUGAGGGAAAAGGACAUUCCAGUGCUGGAGAUGCAAUAUAUGAGGUAGUGAGCCUGCAGCGAGAGUCUGACAAAGAGGAACCUGUUACUCCUACUAGUGGAGGGGGUCCAGUGUCACCUCAAGAGGAUGAAGCAGAAGAAGAAAGUGAUAAUGAACUUUCAAGUGGAACUGGUGAUGUUUCUAAGGAUUGUCCUGAGAAGAUCCUAUAUUCUUGGGGAGAAUUACUGGGACGAUGGCACAAUAACCUUAGUGCCCGACCAAAAGGGUUAUCCAGUUUGGUGAAGAGUGGUGUUCCCGAAGCACUGAGGGCAGAAGUAUGGCAGUUAUUAGCAGGCUGUCAUGACAACCAGGGAAUGCUGGAUAUAUACCGAAUUCUUAUCACAAAGGACUCAGCCCAGGAGAGUGUUAUUACUCGAGAUAUUCACCGUACAUUUCCUGCACAUGAUUACUUCAAAGAUACUGGUGGAGAUGGUCAGGAAUCACUCUACAAAAUCUGCAAGGCAUACUCCGUUUAUGAUGAAGAUAUAGGGUACUGUCAAGGACAGUCUUUUCUUGCUGCUGUACUACUGUUGCAUAUGCCAGAGGAACAAGCUUUCUGUGUUUUGGUGAAAAUCAUGUAUGACUAUGGUUUACGAGACCUCUACAAAAACAACUUUGAAGAUCUUCAUUGCAAAUUCUAUCAGUUGGAGAGACUAAUGCAGGAACAGCUACCAGACCUUCACAGUCAUUUUACUGAUCUGAACCUGGAAGCUCAUAUGUAUGCAUCACAGUGGUUCCUCACUCUUUUUACUGCCAAGUUCCCACUCUGCAUGGUGUUCCACAUCAUUGACUUACUGCUUUGUGAGCGUUUGAACAUAAUCUUUCAUGUAGCCUUGGCUCUCCUAAAGACUUCAAAGGAAGAUCUUCUGCAGGCUGAUUUUGAAGGUGCUUUGAAGUUCUUCAGAGUUCAGCUUCCAAAGAGGUACAGGGCAGAGGAGAAUGCAAGAAGAUUGAUGGAGCAGGCUUGCAAUAUUAAAGUACCAACCAAAAAGCUGAAGAAAUAUGAAAAAGAAUAUCAGACCAUGCGAGAGAGUCAGCUGCAGCAGGAAGAUCCAAUGGAUAGAUACAAGAAGGAGAACCGAAGAUUACAGGAGGCCAGCAUGAGGCUGGAACAAGAGAAUGAUGACCUUGCUCACGAGCUGGUAACCAGCAAAAUUGCUCUGCGGAAUGACUUAGACCAGGCAGAAGAUAAGGCAGAUGUGCUGAAUAAGGAGCUCCUCCUGACCAAGCAGAGGCUGGUGGAGACUGAGGAGGAGAAGAGGAAGCAAGAGGAAGAGACUGCCCAGCUAAAAGAAGUCUUCAGGAAGCAGCUAGAGAAGGCAGAAUAUGAAAUAAAGAAGACAACAGCUAUUAUUGCUGAGUAUAAACAGAUCUGUUCCCAACUGAGUACCAGGCUGGAGAAACAGCAAGCAGCCAGCAAAGAGGAGCUGGAGGUAGUAAAGGGUAAAAUGAUGGCAUGCAAACACUGCAGUGACAUCUUCAGCAAGGAGGGUGCUUUGAAGGCAGCAGCCAUUGGUGGAGAGGACCAGGGCGUGGAAGCCGAUGAUGAGAAGGACUCACUGAAGAAGCAGCUGAGGGAGAUGGAGCUGGAACUGGCACAAACCAAACUGCAGUUGGUUGAGGCCAAGUGCAAGAUUCAGGAACUUGAACAUCAGAGAGGAGCCCUUAUGAAUGAAAUUCAAGCUGCAAAAAACUCUUGGUUUAGCAAAACGCUGAACUCUAUCAAAACAGCCACAGGCAGUCAGCAGCUGCCGCCGCCGCCGCAGGCCGCCCAGCCACCCAAGGAGAGCACAUAGCUCGGGCCCAGCCAGCACCAGAGCACAAUGAGCAAACAGCAAAGCCAGGGGAAUGCUGCCUGGGGUCCUUUGGAAGGGAAGUAAAGAAGGCCAGAAAGCAAGCAAGCCAGAACCUCUCAAUUGCUCUCUUUGCUAUAUGACACUUUUCACAGGGGUUAUUUAAGUUGACCUGCUUUAUGUUGAAUACUUAUUUUACAGCUUCUUUGUGGAAGGCCAUGUUCAGAUUCAUCAUAGUAUUACACAUUAUUUUAUAUGCCUGAUGUUUAGUCAGAAAUAAGUAAUUCAAAGCGAAAUCCUUUUUAUUUAGAAGUAAUUACUAAUAACAAGUUUAUCUUACAUAACAAUGGAGGCAUCUAUUUAUAAUUCCAAAGUUGAAGUGACAGGAAGAUCUUUGUCAGAGGAAAAAAGAAAGGCAAACCUGAGCCUGUAACUUUUCAGGAUUUAUUUAUCAUAUAAAGCACACUAUGGGGCUGGCCAUGACCACUGUGAGGGUUCAUGUUGAAAAUGGUCCCCAGGAUAGUGAUAUUCCUGUCCCAUGGGAGAGUCAGACCAGGCAUUGGAAAGUUCCUGAAGAGAAUUGGUUUAAUUUUAUGUUGAGUACAUCUGGAAAUGAAGUGCCCAGAACUGUGAAAUAGAUGGGCUGGUGAGCACAUCGCAUGGAAGUGAGAUUGUGAGGAAUGUCAGACAGAAUCAUUUGGGCUCUGGCAUUUCGCAGGUCCAUUCAGAAACCUGACAUGGCACUUAGAAAUUCCUAGUGGGCCUUGGUGGGAACACAGAUGUCACUUCCAGCAACUAGAAAGGCUAUGCGGGAUGUCGUGAAUUAUACUUAGGGAACCUUGCCCAGAAAUGUCUAGAUAUGUCAGAUUCAAUUGUGGCACUCAAGAGUGGAAGUCAGAAACAGUGACAAAUUACUGGAUGGUGACAAACUUGUGAAGAAAACAUAAAUGCUCUGUGACUUCAUUUAAGAACAUGGUAUCGAAAUGGAAGCUGAGGUCAGUUUCCCAUCACCUUAACCAAUAUUAGAAAACAUUUCCUGAUUUCUGUACCUCCCUAAAAAUAUGUAUCCUGGGUACCUAUAGAUGAAGAUACAGAAAAAUAGAUUUGUAACUUUUUGACUAAAUGGAAAACCUUUAUAGAAAUACUUAUGGAAAAGUAUGUUCAGAAUUGGUUGGAAAUAUUUUUAAAUUAUAUUUGACAUGCCUAUAUAAUAAUUUUCCCAUUUUCUAAGCUAUUUUAGAGAGCUCUACUCCAUUUACACCAACCAAACUGAACAGUAACACUUAUUGAUAAUCAUUCUUGGCGUCAUUGCAAAACCAUAAUGUUUGCAAAGGAUCUGAAACUGAGUGCUAGGCAGCUUCUCCUUUGUGCCAUAAAUCACAGUGCUAAGUAACCCUCUUAGAAUAAGAGUGAAGGAAGACUUGUCUCCAAUCCAGGAGGAUGCACUACAAGUUGCUCAUGAUAGAUCCUACAAUGAUCUUGAAGUUCUAAAAGAGUGAAUCCUGUUCAUCUGUGUUUGUAUCAUCUCCAGUCCAGAAGACUGAUAAGGUUAUUUGAUAUCUGUUACAUUUGUCCAAUAAUACUUUCCCUGUAGAAAGAUUUUGUUGUUCAGAUACCUCUCAUCAUAAGAUCCAUUUCCUUUUACUGAAAGGGAAAAGAACCCAGCAUUCCAAGUGUCUUUGUUGACUUUUAACAUUCCCUACAUAGUAGUUUAGAUAAGCUGAUUUUUUUUGUAAAAUAUUAUAGCUAGAAAAUCACACCUUGUUUCUGUAAGUGUGUAGUAUAUUAGCUUUUCUAGUACUUUAUGCUUUGAUUCCAAGAAGCCCUGUGCAAAUCACCCUUUUCAGAUGGCAAGCUAAGUUAAAGAUGCAUCCUUGUGUUGUGAACAUGAGAAUCCUAGAGAUCUUUUUAACUUCUGAAAAUAAAUGUAUUCCUCACAAUG